UUCACCUGCCUCUCGCCUUCAUCUCAUUGCGACAUCCCUCCAUCCCCUUCUCUUCUGCUCAGGCUCGUCUUUUCCCAGAGUAGAUCUGCACUGCUGUGUGAUGGGAAAGACAGAGCUGUAUUCUCUAUUUAAGGGUUUUCUGGACUGUAUUUGCCUCUGCCUUUCUAGGGGCAGCGGCAAGGCUGCAGAAGACAGUAAGAGGGACUCUGAAAACGGUCACCUGAUCUACAAAAGUGGUGACAUCCUUGAAGACAGAUAUGAGAUAGUCGACACUUUGGGCGAGGGGACUUUUGGAAAAGUGGUUCAGUGUGUGGACCACAGCAGAGGAGGAAGUCAAAUUGCACUGAAGAUCAUUAAAAACAAGGACAAAUACAGAGAAGCAGCUAAACUGGAAAUCAACGUGCUGGAGAAGAUCAGUGAGAACGAUCCGCCCAACAAACAUAACUGCGUGCAGAUGCUCCACUGGUUUAACUACUAUGGCCAUGUGUGCAUCUCCUUUGAGCUGCUGUCUCUCAGCACAUUUGACUUCUUAAAAUCAAACAACUUCCUGCCAUUUCCAAUGAACCAGGUCCGACACAUGGCCCAGCAGAUCUGCCACGCUGUCAGCUUUCUCCAUGACAACAAGCUGACUCACACUGACCUGAAGCCCGAGAACAUCCUCUUUGUCAACUCAGACUACUCCCUCAUAUACAAUGCUGAGAAGAAGUGCAACGAAAGGCGGGUAAACAACACCACGGUGCGGCUGGUUGACUUUGGCAGUGCCACCUUUGACCACGAACACCACUCUGUCAUCAUCUCUACUCGUCACUACCGAGCCCCGGAGGUCAUACUUGAGCUGGGUUGGAGUCAGCCGUGCGAUGUGUGGAGUAUUGGCUGCAUCUUGUUUGAGUACUACAAAGGCCUCACACUAUUCCAGACGCAUGGCAAUAAGGAGCAUCUUGCUAUGAUGGAGAGAAUGCAGGGACCAAUUCCUCAGAGGAUGAUUGAAAGGAGCAGAAAGCAGAAGUAUUUCCACCGUGAACAUCUAGAUUGGAACGAGUGCUCCAAGGCUGGACGCUACGUCAAGUCCAAAUGCAAACCGUUAAGGGAAUAUUUGCUGUCACAUGCGACAGAACACCACCACUUGUUCGAUCUCCUAGAGAGAAUGCUGGAGUAUGAGCCCUCAGAGCGCAUCUCUCUUCCCUCUGCUCUGAGCCAUCCUUUCUUCCAGCCCCUGACAGGAAGGACUCAUGUGUGGAGGAACAGCUGCGACAUGAGCAGAUGACCUUUCUUAGACACUCAACCUUAUGUGGACCAUACAGGAGUGUUUACAAGCUUUAGCGAUUUUUCAUUUGAGAGAGACUAAUUCAAAGAGGUUUAUUUAUUAUGGUAUGCUCAGCGCAUCUUUGAAAGUGGAGUUGAGGUGGACUGCAGCAGCUGAACACUGAAAUGACAGCUAACAGCAGCAGAGAAAAAGGAACAGAUUUUAAAGUCUGAAG